AUGAUCCAUAUCGUCACCAAAAACCGAGGCUCCGAGGCCUCCAAUUCCAACGAUGACAUGGUCAAUAUCAAGGACAAUCCCAACGUCCCGACCUCCGAACAAGGCUUUGCCCGUCUCAAACAUCUAACAUGGGCAUGGUUCACACUCCCCAUGGCGACAGGCGGUCUCGCCCUCCUCGUGGCCCCAGAUAAUCAACCUCACUCGUUCACCGGCCUCAUCACCAUCGGGAAGAUCAUCUUCAUCUUCGACAUUGUCGUGUUCAGUCUGAUCGUGGCCGGGAUAACCUACCGCUUCAGCCGGUGGCGCGGCACCUUGAAAUCCAGUCUCGCGCACCCGACCGAGUCCCUCUUCUUCGGCACGUCGUUCCUCAGCCUGGCGAGCAUCAUCUCCUGCCUCGCGCACUACGCCAUCCCCUCGUGCGGCGAAUGGCUGGUCACCGCCUACCGCGUCCUCUUCUGGACGUACUUUGCGAUCACGUACGUGAUCGCCGUGUGCGCCUACCUCGUCCUCUUCACCAACCCGCGGCUGCGCAUCCAGGACAUGACGCCGGCCUGGGACCUGCCCAUGUUCCCGUUCAUGCUGUGCGGCACCAUCGCCAGCGCCGGCAUCCCCACGCAGCCGGCCAGGUACGCCAUGCCGAUGCUGUUCGGCGGGCUGACGGCCCAGGGCCUCGGCAUGCUCGUGUCCAUGGGCAUGUACGCCAGCUACGUGCGCCGCAUGAUCAUGUACGGCCUGCCGUCGCCCGCGAGCCGCCCCGCCAUGUUCAUCGCCGUCGGCCCGCCCAGCUUCACCGCCCUCGCCAUCACCGAGCUGGCCAGGCACUACCCGGCCGCCGCGGGCUACGACUACUUCGGCCCGGACGUCUACACGGUGCAGAUCGUGCAGGUGCUGGCCGUCAUGGUGGCCGUGUUCGUGUGGAGCCUCUCAUUCUGGUUCUUCUGCCUCGCCCUCGUCAGCUGCGUGGCCGCCAAGGGCCGGUACCACUUCCACCUGAACUGGUGGGCCUUCGUCUUCCCCAACACCGGCUUCACCCUGGCCACCAUCAGCAUCGGCCGCAGUCUGAAGAGCCAGGCCGUGCAGUGGGUCGGCUCCGCCAUGACCAUCUGUCUGUGCCUGACCUACCUCUUCGUCGCCUACCAUCACGUGCGCGCCGUCUGGAGAAAGGAGGUGCUGUACCUGGGCAAGGACGAGGACAAUUACCACCCCGAAAAGAUGGCGAAGGUGGAAUCCAGAGGAGAAGAUCCGGAAAGGUGUGGUUGUGUCAGUGGCGCUUAA